AUGGACAAAUCGGCAUCACCACCCACAAAAGAGUGUGAAGCGCAGUCCACCAAUAUGUGGAAUGUAGUUCUUUGGUAUUUUUUUGAGAUUAGUUAUCAUUUUUACAAUUGUAUAGUAAAUAUAUCAGUCGGGCCGACUUUGCAGUUGCUAUCGAUAUACAGUGGAUAUGAGAAUACUGUAGGUGUCCUAGCAACAACUGUUUGCAAUUCAUUAGCGAAUUGCAUAGCACUAAUUGUUUCUCCUUUUGUUGGUGGGUUAAGUGAUUAUUAUUCUUUCAGAAAAGGUGCUGUUGUCAUAUGCGCAGUGAUAUACUACUUCUGCUUUCUUAUAGCGGGUAUAUUUUUCCACACGUUUUGGCUUCUUUGCAUUCUCUUUUGUGUUGCGCGAACAGCAUUUGAACUUGUCAGACUUUUUUACGAUUGUCAAAUCCCAUACAUUAUGGAUCAAAAGACAAGGACGUUUGGACAAGGCGUUGGUGGUGCCGUUUCGUUUACAGGCGCAAUUUUAGCAAUCGCAGUUUCGUUCUGUACAACACUUCUUUGGGGAAGUUAUUCCAAUGUGAACACGUUACCACCAAACACAGACCCAUCAUUCGGGCCGCUUCAGUAUUUGCUCUUCACAAAUUUCUUCCUCGGGGGAUUCAUCUUUAUGCCAUAUAUCUUUUCCCAUGAGAAGAGCACACCACCUGCUAAACGAUCACUUCUCGAAGUUGUCAAGAUUAUAAUGAAAGAGUUGUGGAGUUCCAUCAAGUCGUAUUUCAAAGAUCGCGAUUGUGUUUUCAUGUUCAUUUCGUGGUGUUUGAUGCUCUCGGCGCUCAGUGUAGUCAAUGGUUUAUUUAUCAUCUUAUUGGGGACAAUGUGUGGGAUGGACAAAAUAUUUACUGAUGUUGUUUUUUUAAUGGUAAAUGUGAUGGCAUUACUCACUGGCCUUCCUUGGGCACUUUUUUUGAGCAAAUUUGGCCCAAAGCGUGCAAUGCAACUGAUGGUAAUUUUUCUCUUCAUAGGAAUGGCCUUUUUAGUUUUAACAGGAAUGCGUGUCCCCCCGAACUAUGUAUUAUCGAAGUGUUUCAUCAUUCCAGCAGUGUUAUUCCUUGGCCCUGGUCUUGGGGUUGUCUACACUUCUUCAAGGCAGUUAGUGAUGGAGUUGUCACCUGUAAAGCAAUUGGCGCAAUUUAGUGCGGUGACUCGUAUUGCGGCGCGAGCGGGGAUGAUAAUCAUGCCGAACGUAUUCUCACUUGUGGUGAAGUCUCUCAAUGACAAAGUGUUCAAAGACAACAAAUUUAAGUACAACUACACGUACAGAUUUGCGCAAAUACCUGUGUUUGUACUCCUUGUUUUGGCCUUUAUCUUUCUGUGCCUCAUUAGAAAUCGCCACAAAGAAUAUGUCCAGGGCAAGCGCGCUCCUUUCACUUCAACAAUCACACAAGAAAUCGCUUUGGUCGAAGAGGAAAAGAACGUCACCAAAACUGAAAUUCAUAAACACGACGAUCCCGAACGUUAUGAACCCCUUGACUUCGACACACAACUCCCCAACGAAGAAAUCGAGCUCUGA